UAAAAGCUGGGCCGUGUUGAGUUUAGUCAACAACAUGCGGCCAGCAGGGCCUACUCAAAUUCAUAUUUGUUGAAAUGUAGUUUUAUCAAUUUAUUUAUUUCAUUUCUUAUGCUGUUUCACAGAGUAUUGACCAAUGCCUCUAGGAUAUUUUUAACCAAUGUUAUUUGUUUUUUAAACCAAUAUUAACAGCCUUUCCAAAACCAGCUUUCCAAAAAAACAAAAAAAAAACAAACAAAAAAACAAACAAAAAAAAAACAUAGCUUUAUGUUCAAUGUUCAAAAGACUGAAUAAAUAUAUAAUUGAAUUGUUGAUAUCUUUUUUUCAUCAGUGUUUCAUGUGAAAUUUUAAUAAUUGCAAUUUCUUAACAUGUUUAUCAAAGUAUACAGUGCAUACUGAAAUAUACAUCACCAAACAGAGGUAAAUUGCUAUUCGAUCAUGGAGGAUAUAUACUACAGCAGAUUUCAGUGAAAUCACAGUCAUGCACCGGCUGUCAGUCAGUCCUCAGAUUGGCAGAAGAGUCUCGCAGCUGAUUGGUGCUACUCACAUAUGACGCAGAUGACGUACUGAACUCAAGCACGUGGGUCUCACAUAAACAAAGACACAUUGGCAGACAGAGCUCUACAUGCCAGUGUUGAGCUCCGAGCUGUGCGGACAACACGCUGUACUGGACAUUUACACACAUAUUCUGCAUUACAAACAUAUGGAUACAAUAUAGUUUUGCUGAUGGUCUACUAAGAGGGAGAAUCCAGAGCCGAGUCGUUUGUCUUGAACCCCGGUAUUAAAUUUCAUCUGUUAUUAUCACCUUCACCAAGAUCUGCAGAAGAACAGUCCCACGACUGAAGCCAUGCCCUGCGUCCAGGCUCAGUAUGGCUCAUCCCCGCAGGGCGCCAGUCCUGCGUCUCAGAGCUACAGUUACCACACCAGCGGAGAAUACAGCUGCGAUUUCCUCACACCAGAGUUUGUGAAGUUCAGCAUGGACUUAACCAAUACCGAGAUCACCGCCGCCACCACCUCACUGCCCAGCUUCAGCACCUUCAUGGACAACUACAACACCAGUUAUGACGUGAAGCCGCCCUGUCUUUACCAGGUGCCCCAUUCUGGAGAACAGUCCUCUAUCAAGGUGGAGGAAGUCCAGAUGCACACAUACCAUCAGCAGAGCCAUUUGGGCCCGCAGUCAGAGGAGAUGAUGGCCCACUCCGGGCCUAUGUACUUCAAACCGUCCUCACCUCACGCUACAACGGCGAACUUCCAGGUUCAGCCUAAUCACAUGUGGGAGGACCCGGGCUCUUUGCACACUUUUCAUCAGAACUAUAUGACCUCGCACAUGAUAGAUCAGCGCAAGAACCCCGUGUCCAGGCUCUCCCUCUUCUCCUUCAAGCAGUCUCCACCAGGAACUCCUGUUUCAAGCUGUCAGAUGCGCUUUGACGGGCCUCUCCAUGUGUCCAUGGGGCACGACAGUCCCGGGACGCACCGAGCCCUGGACAGCCAGAGUUUCGCAGUGCCCAGUGCUAUCAGGAAACAGGCGGGCAUCGCUUUCACCCACUCCCUGCAGCUCAGUCAUGGCCAUCAGCUGAUGGACAGUCAGGUGCCGUCACCUCCAUCUAGAGGAUCACCGUCCACCGAGGGUUUGUGCGCGGUGUGUGGGGACAACGCGGCGUGUCAGCACUAUGGAGUCCGAACGUGUGAAGGGUGCAAAGGCUUCUUCAAGCGUACAGUACAGAAGAACGCCAAAUAUGUGUGUUUAGCCAAUAAAAACUGUCCUGUGGAUAAACGCCGGAGAAACAGAUGUCAGUAUUGCCGCUUUCAGAAGUGCCUGGUGGUCGGGAUGGUAAAAGAAGUUGUCCGGACCGCCAGCUUAAAGGGUCGGCGAGGCCGUUUACCCUCCAAACCCAAAAGUCCGCAGGAGUCUUCGCCCCCCUCUCCGCCCGUCAGUCUGAUCAGCGCUCUGGUCAGGGCUCAUGUGGACUCCAACCCUUCUAUGAGCAGCCUCGACUACACCAGAUUCCAAGCCAACCCGGACUACCAACUGAGCGGAGAUGACACACAGCACAUCCAGCAGUUCUACGACCUCCUCACGGGAUCCAUGGAGAUCAUCCGCGGAUGGGCAGAAAAGAUUCCCGGGUUCACCGACCUGCCUAAACCGGAUCAGGACUUGCUGUUCGAGUCCGCCUUCCUGGAGCUUUUCGUGCUGCGCCUGGCGUACAGGUCCAACCCGAUGGAAGGCAAACUCAUCUUCUGUAACGGGGUGGUGUUGCACAGACUGCAGUGCGUGCGUGGAUUUGGCGAGUGGAUUGACUCUAUAGUGGAGUUCUCGUCUAAUCUUCAGAACAUGAAUUUAGACAUAUCUGCUUUCUCAUGCAUCGCCGCCCUAGCUAUGGUCACAGAGAGGCACGGACUGAAAGAGCCCAAGAGAGUUGAGGACCUUCAAAACAAGAUAGUAAACUGUCUGAAAGAUCAAGUCACCUUCAAUGGAGGCGGCUUGAAUCGUCCAAACUAUUUGUCCAAACUGUUGGGGAAACUGCCUGAACUGCGCACACUGUGCACACAGGGUCUGCAGCGCAUCUUCUACCUAAAACUAGAAGAUCUGGUCCCACCGCCAGCAAUAAUCGACAAACUGUUUCUUGACACUCUGCCCUUUUAAACCGAGAGAGAGGGAGACAAACUAUUUCAAACAACCUCAGAGAACUUCCACAGACUCCCUUAAAAACUGAAAGUCUGACUUUUUUAAACCACCAACCAUCGCCAACUGAAAAAGGAUCCAACAAUUUAAAGCCUGGAAAACACCACGCGAAAAAAAUAAAUAAAUAAAUAAAAUAAAAAUAAUAUUAAUUCAUUUUGCCACCGGCAAGUGAUUUUUUCCUCUUUAUCCCACCACCAAACUGCCUCUGAGUAUCUCAGAACAGACAAAAAUGUAAAAAAAAAUAAAAAAUAAAAAAUAAAAUAAAGGAAGAAAAAAGUAAUAAUAAUAUGAGAAAUUAUAAUAAAAGACAGAUUAUCCAAUAGUUUGCCUGAUUUUGAACAAUGAAAAAUAUCACGCCACUACUAAUCAUUGUUAACUGCAAACGUCUGUAUUCAUGGAAAAAUCACAGAGUGUAUCAUAUACGCCAUUUCUAUAUACCUAUUCAAUAGAUUUAUGUGAUUUAUAUGAUGUGUAUAAAGCUUGUACAGAGACAGUUUUUUUUCUUUUUCUUUUAUAACUUGUGCCUGUGUAUCUCUGUCAGGUGGAAAGGAGACGCAUGUUAUAGAGGACUCUUGUCUCUAUUACACACUCUAUAUUCCGGACACUAUGUAGUCUGUUAGAUUUUAUAAAGAUUCGUAGUAUUGGGGCAACUUUUAAAUAUGGCACAUGUGGAUAAAGAUACCAGUAUCAUCUGUACAGGUAAAAAGGGACCCAUAGUGUUUGUAAAAUUGUCAGACAUUCCUUGUUUGUAUGUGUUGUAUGUAUUGUUGCUGUUUAAUAUAAACGUUUAUAUAUUUAUUUUGAGUUUGCCGUUAAAGCAUGGUGCAGUUGAAAUGAUUUCAGACGCAUCACCGUCGUCUUUGUUUAAUGUCUCAUAUGUGAUUUAAUUUGCCAUCUUCUAUUCCUGUAGGUGUGUGAAAAUCAUCACUGCCUUUUUUCUAUGGUUCAACUAAAUAUACUGCAACGCGUUCGGUUCGGUUCGGUUCCGAAUCCGAAUCAAACUCCACGAGAAAAGAAUAUUUAAUGUUUACAAAUAAAACUUUUAAAUAAUUUCCAUGGAGGAGCCGUGUCUCUUAAUCAAAUUUCAAACCGAAGAGGGAAUUCAUUGUACUGAAAAUAAGGACUUUUCCACGGAAAUUUGUGAUCAGAAAUUGCUCAAGGAAAAACCUACAUUGCUCAUGGCAAAAACAAAAAACAAAAACAAAGAAAGUUAUUAUUAUUGUUAUUAUAUUAUUAUUUUUCUUCACGUGAUAGGUUACGCUUUCUUUUUUAUUUUCAUAAGAAAGUAAACAUAAUGGGCGCUUUGUCAUUAAUUUCAGGUCCAACCCGAUGGAAGGCAAACUCACAUCACUGAAUAUAACAUUUAAAACGUAGAUGGCAAAUAAUAAUUUCGCUGGAAAAAAAUACGCAUUUCUGAUACAUCCAUUUCAUCAGGUUGUUUUUUCUCAUUAGAAUAAGAAUAAACAAAGUAAAAAUAAAUAAUAAUAACAACAAAAAUAAUAAAACCCCAGUAAACAAGGAAGCGUUUUAAAAGUUUGCCCCACAAUAAAAAAAAAGAAAACCUUACGCAAUCUGUGGAAAUUUAUUUCCAUUUAUUUUAAAGAGUUUUGCGAACUAAAAAGAUCUGAACAGAAAGAUAUUGCAUACGCAUAUUCGUCAUUCAAAUGCAUAAAAUUGUUUUCGCAAACAGAUAUAGUUGUUUUGUUGUUUUUGUUGUUGAACUUGAGAUACACUACAUGUGUCUGAAAACUAUUAAAUUCGUUACAGUAAGUUAUAAAAUGAGGCCGAUGGAUGAAAAAGUAAUGUAAAAAAAAUUAAAAUAAAUUAUCUAUUUUUUAAAAGCAAAAAAAAAAAAAAAAAAAAAAAAAAAAAAAAAAGGAAAAAGGAAUUGCGACAAUUUUUACUGAGUAAUAAUUAGAGCGAUUUAUAGCACAGCUUUAUGCUGUUUCAUGCAUUUAGUAAAUUUUCAGUACAUUUCUGUACUGAAUGUACUGUAUGUACUCAAUGCGUAAUAAAUUUUAUUUUUGUUUUCAGUUAUUUAUCAAUUACGGGAGAGUGCUACAUGUUUGGUUUUAAUGUUUUAGAUUGUUCCAAGAAACAUUAAAAUUAAAUAAAAUAAUAGCGAAAGAAUAUUCAUUUUACUCUUUAUAUUUUACUUCGGAAUGAUGAAUUUCUUCUUUUUGUUUAACUCUUGUUAGGUGCUCUCCUGCACCAUUACAGGGUCGUAGGGGCUGUAUGUGGUACCAGAGCAUAAUGAGCUUUAUUUAGACAGGUAUCAUUCUCUAAAUUAUUUAAAGCAGUGCAGAUUUGGAGAAUGCAAGCGUGCGUAUAAUUGUAUUACAUGUGUGCGCGUGUGUGCGGACUUGUGUCUUAAACCGAAAAUAAACACGCAUAAAUGAUUUUAAGGUUCUAUAAUCUGCCAGCUUGAUCAUUUGAACACCGACGUUAACACCAGGCUCACAAAGAGUAUGAAUUUUGCCAUUUCAAACUCCUGCAGGAUAUUUGCAGCAACAUGUACU